GAUAUAAUGAAGCACUGACGUAGCUAUCUAUGUGAAGCAAAGGCAGACAUAUCAUACUUACUUGCACCUAAGAACCAGUUACAAGAGAAUCAGUUACAAGAAAGAAAGAGAGAUCCGCAGUGACAUCUUUUACCUACCUACCCAGCAUCCACCCCUUUUGGCACAACCUCAGCUCCACCCGCGCGCAACGGGGACCAAAGUACUUGGAAAUGGUUUCUCGGUCAAUCAGAUCGAAGUUCUUGUCUUCGUCCUCCUCCCUCUCCUCCGCCUCUACUUCUUCCACGGCUUCCGCCGCCACCACCGUCACGCCCUCGUUCUCGUACGAUGGCAUGCGCUUCGACCUGCCGUCGCUGGCCGAGGAGACCGGCAGCGACCUGCUGUCUCCCAUCACGGGCGAGGACGAGGACGAGAACGACUCCGACUGGCUCCUGGACGCGGAAACGUGCAUGCGCCAGGACCUCGUGACGUCCCAGCGGGAGUUCGAGCUCGCGAAGGAGAUCCUGGAUGCCCUGAAGCUGGAGCUCGUCGAGGCCAAGAUGGAGAAAAAGCCCGGCCCGCAUAGCUUGAAGCUGGAAGACCAGGUCUUCCUGCUGAGCGCUUGCCAGGAGUACUCGGGCUCGCGGUGCCACAUGCUCGAGGAGCGGCUGCGGCAGAUCCAGAUGUGGUCGGACGAGGGACAGAUGGGCCAUGAUAUCCCGACUGGGGUGCCGGAUGAAUGGCAGAUAGUCGACACCGAAUGGCGAGAAUGGCUGAGCGAACAGGCCACCUUCCAGAGCAACGAGCUCGACCGCGUGCCGGUCCAGUGCCCGCCAAUCGGAGACAUCGACCUCGUGGUCAAGGACUGGGGGCCUCUGAUCCCCAUACUCACGGCCUACAUCGAGUGAUACAUAGGUAUUCAUGAUGUUGUACGUAAGAAAACGAGAUGUUAGGAACGUCGUGUUUACCUACUAGGUAACUAUAUAGGCAAAUGUUAAACACACCAGACAUCAGACAUCAUAUGUGGUUCCCAAAGACCCUGCCUCGUUACUACCAAAGGGAGGACACAUUACGACAUGCAAUCUUGGAUUCUGGACAUAUGGGAUUGGCAAAAGAUCGCAGAUCUUCUUCGGUU